AGUUCUCACUCUCAAACACUAUUUUUCCCCUCUCAGCGGGUAACUAAGAAGUUAGAAGGCGCUAGAAAAAAAUAAAAGAGAGAGAGAGAGAGCAAGAAGCGAAGAAGAGAGGGAAAGAAAAGCUGAGCCGAGGCGCGAGCGAGCGAGCGAGACAUGCGAUUGCGGUGGCGGCGCCGAUCGACGGCCAAUGCAGCGGGUCGUUGCGGCGGUGGUCUCGGGCGGCGUUGAUGGCCCUGCAGAUGACUUGGCAGCCGAGUCUCCUGAGUCAGAAGCGCAAAACCGGUCCUCCCUUAGGGCUCCGUAACCUAGGCAACUCGUGCUACCUCAACAGCGUCCUCCAGUGCCUCACCUACACUCCUCCUCUCGCCAAUUUCUGCCUCCGCCUCCACCACUCCUCUCUCUGUGACUCUUCCGCGUCUUCCUGUCCGUUCUGCAUACUCGAGAAGCAGAUUGCGCGUUCUCUGCGCUUGGAUCUCCCGCACGACGCGCCGUCCAAGAUCCAGGCCUCUCUGCGGAUCUUCGGCCCGCACUUCCGCUGCGGCCGCCAGGAGGACGCGCACGAGUUCCUCCGCUACGUCAUCGACGCCUGCCACAACACCUGCCUCCGCAUCAAGAAGCUCCACCGCAAAGGCGGCGGCGGAGGCGGUGGAGGAGGAGGUGGAGGAAGAGGAGAUGUUAACGCUGGCGGCGGCGGCGGCGGCAGCACCGUGGUGAAGGAGAUUUUCGGCGGCGCCUUGCAGAGCCAGGUGAAGUGUCUGUGUUGUGGAUACGAGUCGAAUAAGGUUGAUGAGAUAAUGGAUAUUAGUCUUGAUGUUUUCCAUAGUAACUCGCUUAGAGACUCCAUGCAAAAGUUCUUUCAGCCUGAGGUUUUAGAUGGCAACAAUAAGUACAAGUGUGAUAGUUGUAAGAAAUUGGUGGCGGCGAAGAAGCAGAUGUCUAUACUUCAAGCGCCUAACAUCCUUGUGAUACAACUGAAGAGAUUUGAGGGCAUAUUGGGUGGCAAGAUUGACAAGGCUGUUGCAUUUGAAGAGGUUUUGGUGCUUUCUAGCUUCAUGUGCAAAGCAAGCCAGGAUCCCCAACCAGAAUAUAAGCUCUUUGGCACUAUUGUGCAUUCAGGCUACUCCCCCGAAUCUGGUCACUACUAUGCUUAUAUAAAGGAUGCAAUGGGUCGGUGGUAUUGCUGUGAUGAUUCUUGUGUAACAGUUGCAACCCUGCAAGAAGUUUUGUCAGAAAAGGUUUACAUUCUUUUUUUCUCUCGAACUAACCAAAGGCCAGUGUCAAGUAGUAAUGCUCUUGCUUCAAACGGUGUAAAGCCUCAUUCCAAUGGGAGCCAAGCAUCUGAAUGCCCAAAGGUUGGUGUACCACUGAAAGCAGAGCAUGAAAAAUCAAAUUCUGAGCUAUCUCCUUGGAAGGACAUGCCAAGUGUGUCUAAGACAACUAAAGCACCGUCCAGUCCACGAGUGAAGUUUGACAUUAAUGGAAGUUCUACUUCCAAAAGAAAUCCUGCUCCUGUAAGUGUCAAUGGGAAAGUUGAUGUUUCUAGGAGUCAACCUUUAGUAAUAAAUGGGCAUGUGAAAGAUUCGGUUUCUUUGGAGAAUGGUAAGAAAGAUCCUUCAUCAUUACUCACUAGGAAUGGCAUUGACAAAUUGAAAAGAAAGGAGCCAGCAUUUACAAAUGGACACACUGAUAAUCAGACUGUUGAUAUUCAUUCUGUAAAGUCAGAUCCCAGGGAAAAUACUGAUAGAAGCAGGGUAGUAGCAAGUAGAGGGCCUGACAACUUUAAGCAAGAAAGCAAUGGCCUCAAUAGCAAUCCUAAAAUACUGGGGAAUAAGAGAAAGGUACAGGAGGCCCCAUGCAUUUUGCUUGCACAUGAUAGUGAGUCUCAAGCAAGAGUUCAAGAAUUGAAGGACAUCCUUGGAAAAGAGGCAAAGUCAGUUUUGAAGUCAUGUGGCUGGACAGAUAUGGUCUGUGAAAGAAUGCGUUCUAGAAAGAAGAAGUUACGUGAACAAGAAGCUGGAAAUUUUACAAAUGCAGAUGAAACAAGGAAGUUGUUAAUAGGAGAUGCGCAGGGAGCUUUGACAUCACAGAUUCCUGAGUCAUUGAGAAAGGAUUUGAUUGAGCGACUCCGAUCGUUUAGCCAAGAAAAAGUACAUUUUUAAGGACCUUGAUCAGAGCAUGGUAUGAGCAUGUUGAUCUGUCUUGCUAAUUAUUGAGGCGUGGUGUGUAUACUCUGUAUUACUAAUUAUUUUAGUGAUGGUGGUACCCUUACUGGCAUGUCAGUUCGGGUUUGUUACAUACUAACUCUUUGAGCUAGUGCUGGCGAUAGUAGCAGGAGAAUGUGGAGACUUGUUAUCAUUGAAGCAUGGCUUGGUUAUGCUUCUAGGUGCUUCAUGCAUAUUUGAGCUAGAAGUUCAGAUUUCAUGUCUUGCCCUAGGUUUAGUUUCUCCGUGGAGGUUACGAAGUUCUAUUCAAUCUUGAGGAGAGCUUGUCAGGAAUUCUAUUCAUUCUGUACAAUCUAUUUUAGUCAUGUAUUGGAGCAAAUUCUUCAUUUCUAUAAAAUUGCUCAACAAAUUUUGCAGCGAGGAUGAGGCUGUGCAUGACUUGUGGAUAUAUGAUGCUAUCAACAAUGACUGUACUUUCCGGUA